AUGGUGAACAUGCGCGGCCUCGUGCGUGCGAUGUUCGAGGACCCGCGCCCGGUACCGUCAGCGCCGAGGCACACAAAGCUUCGCACCACCAACGCUGACCGACGCUGCAGCAGUAGCAGGUGCGUGAACAAGAGCGAGACGAGCGCGGCUCCGUACGUGGCCAAGCGCCUCGAAGGCGAGUACAAUGUGUGUUUCCACCGCAAGCCACUGGGCGUAGGGCUCGUGCCGAGUUCUCAGCUCUAUGGCUCGUGGGAGGUGAGUUCGGUGCAGGAGACGGAGGAGGACGAAGAGGGCGACGCCCGUACGUCGCUGUCGAGAGAGAACGACCGACGCGGUCGGGACGGAGAAGCAAUUGCCAAGGGGCAUGUGCUGAUUGCGAUCAACUUUAGCUGUGAGAAGGCGCAGCUACCGCGUGCGGACUUGGCGGCGUACUUGCGGCAGUGCUCGUGUCCUAUUGUCAUGACGUUUCGGGAUCCGGACGUGUUUGGCGCACACGAUUCGCGGGUGAUGUCCACGGCCAUGUACCCGUCGUCGAUGGACUACUCUCUGCAUUGUUAUUCGACCAAAGUCGUAGCGAGAGCUUCGGCCAAGCAAUGGCAACGGUCGUUGGAGCAUGACUUGGCAUAUAAUGCCGAGCUAACCAAGAAAGAGCCGUCACGGAAUCUGGCGCGAACGCUGUUGGUGAAGAACGACUCGGACGCAAGUCAUAGUCAUCGAGCGUUAUCGGUUGGCGAAGCAGGUGACGCCAUGUCCUUCCGGGGGUCUGAGAGUGCCGUGAUCGUGAGUGGCGUGGACGCUGAAGGAAAAGGCAUCGCGGGAGCCGAUGUGUCGGAGGUAGGAGAGUUCGACGUGACGUUUGACAAGACACCGCUGCAUUUGAUGUUAGCACCGUCGACAAGGCUGUACGGGACGGUGGAAGUGUACGACCCCGAGCAGCACGCGCCAACGGUGCAAGUGGGUGAUGUGGUCAUGGCAAUCAAUGGCUACUCAUCGAUAUCGCGUCUAGCGCCCGACGACGUUAUCGAUGCCAUUGCAGAGUUGCAAGCUCCUGUCACGCUACGCUUCCGCCGUCCUGUGACGUAUCGAAAGUACUUGGCCAAAUGCCACAGCACGAAAAAGGAUAUGUCGUCGCAGUCCGUCGCGAGCUCCAUGUUCCCUCCGUCAGCUGAGUACAAGAAGAAGACGUCGGUAUCGAGCGCGAGAAAGAGGUGUCAGCCUGCUCUUCUCGUGUCGCAAAGUUUCGUUGAACCAGAACCUACCGAUAAUCUCUUGUCGAAAACGUCGUCUGCCGCUGACAACGCGAACAACGAGCGUGCAAAAGAGUUCAGAGCCUUUGCAGCGAAGAUUGGAGCGCUGGAUCGGUUCAAGCUGUGGGCUGGUAGCGGCAACCCCGUGGAAGGUCGGCCUUUGGCAGGCCACCGGUCUGCGUUUCUCACAGAAAAGCACAUGCAAUUUCUGUGGAAAAGCCUGCCGAAGUAUCUCACAUGCAACCAGAUGGAGCUGAUCUAUACCACGCAAGUGCAUGGCUGGAGCUUCUUGAGUUUCUUCUCGAGACUCGAGAGCAAGGGUCCGACGAUCGUUGUGGUACAGGAUGAGCACGAAAACAUCUUUGGCGCCUUUUGUUCAGCGUCGUGGAGGCGGUCAAAGAGGUUCUUCGGCAACGGACGAACGUUUGUCGUUUCGCUGAGCCCCCGUAUGCGCGUGCACCCAUGGUCGGGGAUCGACAGCUCGUUCAUGUACACACAUCGCGACUCGAUAUUCGUGGGCGGGGGCAGCAAGGGGAUCGCGCUAUGUUUGCAGCUCGAUGACCGGCGCGGCUUCACGCACGCCUGUUCUACGUUCGACUCCCCGCCACUUGUCGACUACCAAACGUUUCGGUGCGAGACCGUCGAAGUGUGGAGUUUCCACGGACUCAAUGUGUAA